AUGGAUAACCAAUCCGCGUACAAUCCGUCAGUUGACGUGAACUCAAUGCAUCUGGUCAUUGAGGCACUGCGAGCUGCCAGCUGCGCAGUCGACGGCACGGCGCGUGACUCGUAUGGGCGCCAGUGGGAAUUAGUGUCUAGCGACUCGGUAGCUAGUUCAUUCUUCCUAAGGUCCCUUUCUAUUUCCUUGGGGCUGGAACUUCCCACCUCACUUCUUCAAUGCAAAGAAAUCGAGGAAGUUGCGACGAAGAUCACCGAGCUCGCCGCGGGUCUCGGCACGGACCUGACGAACAACUUCCCGCUAAAUACAAUCCAUCUACACCAGGACUCACCGCGAGUGGCUAUCAUAAGCGCUUCAUGCCGCUUGCCAGGGGGAGUCGAGACACUGGGUGACUUGUGGUCAGAUAUCCUUGUCCCAGGAAGGGAUGCGAUAACCCCUAUCCCUACCUCGCGAUGGGAUGCAGAUCUGCUUUACAACCCAGAAGGAGGUGAGGGUACUAUUUACGUCAAAGAAGGAGGAUUCAUUGAAGAUGCAGAUGCCUUUGAUAACCGUUUCUUCGAAAUCCCUGAUCAUGAAGCUGCGCAAAUGGACCCCCAACAACGGCUCCUAUUGGAAGCUGCUUUUGAGGCUAGAGCCCCGUUGAUGAAGGGCCGGAUACGCCCAACAGAUGAGACUGGCGUUUUUAUUGGGUGCUCGUGCGCUGAUUGGUUUCUGGUUCAUGCGAAGCUUCCUGCAAGAGAUGGUCCUUCGUGCUUUAUUGUGGAUCUCCAGCAUGCAAUGCUUGCGAAUCGCAUUUCGUACUGCAUGAACCUUGAGGGGGCUUCAAUGACAAUCGAUACAGCCACGUCUUCGGGCAUAGUUGCUUUCUGCACAGCUGUAAGCCAGAUUGAAUCAGGGCGCAUGAUAUGCGCCCUCGCAGGGUCGUCUCAGCUCAUCAUCGCUCCAGAGGUGACCGUGGCUCUGUGCAACCUAGGAAUGCUGUCGCGAAAAGGGCGCUGCCGUCCUUUUGAUGAAGCUUCUGAUGGUUUUAUUAGAUCCGAAGGGGUCGUCGUCUUCUCUCUGGUUAGGGAAGACUAUGUUGCAGAUUAUGUUGACACUUCGCUGGUGAGCCCACUAGCGUAUGUUCGUGGGCAUGCUGUGGUACAUAGUGGAAGGGCGUUCUCAACGACGGCCCCCAGCGAAGGUGCUGAACGGCGUGUCAUGGAGGGAGCACUGACAAAGGCAAACAUCUCUCCUGAUGACGUUGAUUACAUUGAAGCGCAUGGCACUGGAACCAGGAUGGGGGAUGCAGUAGAAGUUCAAAGUCUUGCUGCUGUCUUUGGUGACUCUCACGAGCCCGAAAGGCCGCUGCUCGUCGGUUCUAUUAAGGGGAAUAUCGGCCAUUGCGAAGGUUCUUCAGGGGGUGCAGGAAUUUGCAAAGCUAUCCUUGUGCUCAUCAACCGUUGCGUGCCAGGCACCCUUCAUUUCAAUCGCCUUAGCAGCUUAAUAGAUAGGGUUCCGCAAAACUUUUCCAUCCCUCGAACGGCAACCAAAUUCCCUGUACCUGACCGGCCACUGGUGGUGGGUGUAAGCUCAUUCGGAGUUGGCGGCUGUAAUGGCCACGUUAUUUUAGAAGGCCCGGCUGCGGGUCAGCAUGACUUUAGGGCGCAACUAAACGACAAAUGUUACUGGAACAAGAACAGGUUUCCCUGGUCUCAUCUGAUUAGCAUGCCAGGGGUCAGCAAUGAAAUGGUUUCUCCUGUGGAAUUACUCACUCCGGAGGGUUGUGUUGCAACCCCCACUUCGUCCUUUUGUGGGACGACAUUCAGUAUUGUCGGGCCGUCCACAGAUCAGGAUGCUGGACGGAACGGCCCUGUAGUGUUCACUGAGGUGCCUGUUCUCGGGCCCGGCAGCGUGGCCGGCCACAGGCGACCCAAAGAAUCCCGCCAGGAAAGUAAAUUAGGUUCCAUAAGCUGCGGGAGUGCGACUGUCCAACAAACGCAUGCUGAGUAUGGCACGUUUUCGUCUAGUAGUGAGGAAGUGGAUAUGCGCCCUGGCUGCAGCUCGCACUCUCCGGGGCGUUCCCCACCGUUUUCCGUGGCGGAGAGUUCGCCUCAUCAUGCAGUUCCAGCAUCUUCAGUUCCUGCCAUCUCCCAGGAACAGAUAAGGGCCGCAAUCGACGAGUCGCUCAAGCUAGCUCUUAACCGGGAGGAGCCUUUGCAGGAGGACACCCCAUUUGUAGAGGCAGGAGUAGAUUCAAUGACGUCUAUUGGGAUCAGGGAAAGCCUUUCGAAGAGGCUCAAAAUUCAACUACCGGCAACCAUCCUAUAUGACCAUCCUUGCAUUGCCGAGCUUGUAGAAUACUUGGAACAAGUGACUUCGGCACAGGAAGCGGACGCGAGCAAUACGGUGGUCGCUGGAGUGGCGCAUCCUGCUGCUCGAAGCUCAAUUGCCGUCACGGCACUGGCGUGCAGGUUCCCGCCAAGGGCUCGAUGCCCGUCGGAGUUUUGGGAGGAUGUCCAAGCUGGUCGGGACUGUAUUCAGCACAUUCCACUCACACGUUUCGAUCUGUGGAAAUACAGAGAGACUGACACAGAUUCAUCUAAUAGGCUUUACGUCAGCGAUGCCGGAACGCAUCCAGACAUGGACUUAUUCGACAAUGCAUCGUUCAACAUUUCUGUAGCUGAAGCCCAGUUGAUGGACCCCCACCAACGCGUCCUGUUGGAAGUCUGCCACGAGGCAAUUGCCCAUGAGCUGCAGAACCACAAUCUGCUGGAUGCAGCUAUUGUCGUAGGCUGCUGCAACAAUGACUGGGUUCGUGAAGCAUGCACCCAAAAGCAGGAGACAAAGAGCCUGACCGGAACUGGUGGAGCUGCAUCAAUCAUUUCCAACAGGCUCUCCCAUGUGUUCAAUCUUCACGGGCCGAGUAUGACCAUUGACACUGCCUGUUCCUCUUCGCUUGUAGCCCUCGACGUGGCUAAACAGUUCCUUAACGACGGAAGAUGCAACGCAGCUGUUGCAGCCGGCGUUCACAUAUUGAUUAACCACCAUGUCUUUGAACAAUAUUGCAAGGCAAGUAUGUUGAGUGCCGACGGCCGGUGCAAGACCUUCGACGCAUCUGCCAACGGCUACGUACGCAGCGAAGGAUGCGGUGCGCUGCUUCUAAAGGCACUCCCACGUCAUUCGACAGACCCUUCGACAGUCUACGCAUGGAUUCGUGGGGCUGCUAACAACCAUGUCGGCAGAAGCGCCAGUCUUACAGCGCCCAAUGGUCCUGCCCAACAAGCUGUUAUUCGAGCAGCGUUGCGAGAUGCCCAAGUGCAAUCGCCAGCAGAUGUAUCCGUGUUGGAGUCGCAUGGCACAGGGACGUCUCUUGGAGAUCCUAUUGAAGUUGGAGCGAUUCGAGCAGUGUAUUGCAAUG